GGGUCCCUGCGGAACCAGCGAGCAGCGGGGAGGCCAGGCCCAGCCAGCGAGGCUCCGGGGCCGCCGCCGCCCAGGUCGGCCAUGGGCCCGCCGAGGCCCGCGCUGCCGCUGCUGCUGCUGCUGCUGGCGGCCGCCGGCGCCCGAGCCAGAGAUGAAGUGCAGGAAAGUGUCAGGCCCAGCUGUCCAAAAGAUGCAACACGAUUCAAGCACUUCAGGAAAUACGUGUACGACUACAAGGCAGAGAGUUCCAGUGGCGUCCCCGGGACUGCCGAUUCAAGAAGCUCCACCAAGAUCCACUGCAAGGUCGAGCUGAAGGUCCCUCAAUUCUGCAACUUCAUCCUGAAUACGAGCCAGUGCACCCUGAAAGAGGUGUAUGGCUUCAACCCUGAGGGCAAGGCCUUGCUGAAGAAGGCCAAGAACUCUGAGGAGUUUGCCGCCGCCAUGUCCAGGUACGAGCUCAAGCUGGCUGUUCCUGAAGGGAAGCGAGUGGUACUUUACCCAGAGAAGGACGAGCCUAAACACAUCCUGAACAUCAAGAGAGGCAUCAUUUCUGCCCUCCUGCUUCCCCCGGAGACAGAAGAGGCUAAACAAGUGUUAUUUCUGGAUACCGUGUAUGGAAACUGCUCCAGUGACAUUACCGUUAAAACGAGGAAGGGAAGUGUGACAACUGAAAUAUCCAUCGAAAGAAACCUGGAGAAGUGUGACAACUUCCAGCCCAUUCGCACAGGAGUUAGCCCGCUUGCUUUGAUCAGGGGCAUGACCCGCCCCUUGUCAACCCUGAUUGGCAGCAGCCAGUCCUGCCAGUACACCCUGGACCCCGAAAGCAAGCAUGUGUCGGAAGUCAUCUGCAAGGAGCAACACCUGUUCCUGCCUUUCUCCUACAAGAAUAAGUAUGGGAUGAUGACACAGGUUUCACAGACUUUGAAACUUGAAGACACACCCAGGAUCAACAGCCGCUUCUUUGAUGAAGGUCCCGAGGCGGUGGGUCUUGCCUUUGAGAGCACCAAGUCCACGUCACCUCCAAAGCAGGCAGAGGCCAUCCUGCAGACCCUCCAGGAGCUGCAGAAACUGCACGACUCCGAGCAGAACGCCCAGAGAGCCAACCUCUUCUAUAAACUGGUGACCGAGCUGAGAGGCCUCAGCAGUGAGGCAGUCGCAUCCCUCUUGCCAAAGCUCAUCGAGGUGUCCAGCCCCAUCACUUUACAAGCCUUGAUUCAAUGCGGACAGCCCCAGUGUUACACUCGCAUCCUCCAGUGGCUGAAGACUGAGAAAGCCAAUCCUCUUCUGAUAGAUGUUGUGACCUACCUGGUGGCCCUGAUCCCACAGCCCUCGGCCGAGAGGCUGCGGGAGAUCUUUAACACGGCGAAGGAGCAGCACAGCCGGGCCACGUUCUAUGCUCUGAGUCACGUGAUCAACAACUAUCGUAAGACAGACCCUGCGGGGACACAGGACUUGCUGGACAUUGCUGAUUACCUGUUGGAACAGAUUCGUGAUGACUGCACUGGGAACGAAGAUCAUACCUACUUAAUUCUGAGGGUCAUUGGAAAUAUUGGCAGAACUAUGGAGAAGCUAACCCCAAAACUCACAUCCUCCAUCCUGAAAUGUAUCGAAAGUAGACAGCCAUCACUGCUGAUUCAGAAGGCUGCCAUCCAGGCCCUGCGGAAAAUGGAACUUAGAGACGAGGUCCGGGAAGUCCUUCUUCAGACUUUCCUCAGCAACACCUCUCCUGGGGACAAGCGACUGGCUGCCUACCUCAUGCUCAUGAGGGGCCCUUCCCUGUCGGAUGUUAGCAAAAUCACCGAACUUCUCCCCUGGGAACAGAAUGAGCAAGUGAAGAACUUUGUGGCUUCCCACAUCGCCAACAUCUUAACCUCGGAUGAGCUGUCUAUCCAAGAUUUGAAGAAGUUAGUGGAAGAAGCUCUGAAAAAAUCUCAACUUCCAACUGUCAUGGACUUCAGAAAAUUUUCCCGGAACUAUCACCUUUCCAAAUCUAUUUCUCUCCCAUCACUUGACCCGUUCUCAGCCAAAAUUGAAGGGAAUCUUAUAUUUGAUCCAAAUGAUUACCUUCCUAAAGAAAGCAUGCUGAAAGCGACCCUCACAGUCUUUGGAUUUGCUCCAGCUGACCUGUUCGAGAUUGGUUUGGAAGGAAAAGGCUUUGAGCCAACAUUGGAAGCUCUUUUUGGAAAGCAAGGAUUUUUCCCAGACAGUGUCAGCAAGGCUUUGUACUGGGUUGAUGGUCAAGUUCCUGAUCGUGUCUCCAAGGUCUUGGUGGACCACUUUGGCUACAGCAAAGAUGACAGACGUGAGCAGGACAUGGUCAACGGAAUUAUGCUUAAUGUGGACAAGCUGAUCAAAGACUUGAAAUCCAAAGAACUCCCAGAAGCCAGAGCCUACCUCCACAUCUUGGGAGAGGAGCUUGGCUUUGUCAAGCUGCAUGACCUCCAGCUCCUGGGGAGGCUGCUGCUGAAUGGUGUCCAUACUCUGCAGGGGAUCCCCCAGUUGAUUAGAGAGACCAUAAGGAAAGGCUCAAAGAAUGACUUGUUUCUUCACUACAUCUUCAUGGACAACGCCUUUGAACUCCCCACUGGCCUUGGAUUACAACUGCAAGUGUCCUCCUCCGGAGUCAUCACUCCUGGAAUGAAGGCUGGAGUGAAACUGGAAGUAGCCAAUAUGCAGGCAGAACUGGUGACAAAGCCUUCUGUGUCUGUGGAGUUUGUGACAAAUAUGGGUGUCAUCAUUCCGGACUUUGCCAGGAGCGGGGUCCAAAUGAACACCAACUUCUUCCAUGAGACAGGCCUGGAGGCGCGGCUGGCCAUGAAGGCCAGGCAGCUGAGGUUCAUCAUUCCUUCUCCUAAGAGGCCAGUCAAGCUCUUCAGUGGCAGUAACACAUUGCAUUUGGUCUCUACCACCAAAACGGAAGUGAUCCCACCUCUAAUUGAGAACAGGCAGUCCUGGUUGACUUGCAAGCCUUUCUUUACUGGCCUGGACUACUGCACCUCGGGCGCUUACUCCAAUGCCAGCUCCACAGACUCUUCCUCCUACUACCCGCUGACAGGGGACACCAGAUUUGCACUGGAACUGAAGCCAACGGGAGAAGUAGAGCAGUAUUCUGCCAGCAUGUCCUAUGAACUCCAGAGAGACGGUGAAGCCUUGGUGGACAUGCUAAAGUUCGUAACACAGGCAGAAGGUAUGAAGCAAACUGAGGCUACUCUGAUGUUCAGAUAUAAUCGGCAGAGUAAGACUCUGUCCAGUGAAAUCCAAAUCCCAGAUUUUGACGUUGACCUUGGAACAGUCCUCAGAGUUAGUGAUGACUCCGCUAAGGAAAAACAAUCUUACAGGCUCACCCUGGACUUUCAGAACAAGAAGAUCACUGAGGUCACCCUCACAGGCCACAUAAGUUAUGACAGGAAGGAAGAAGGCAAAAUCAAAGGUGUUAUUUCCAUACCCCGUUGGCAAGCAGAAGCCAGAAGUGAGGUCCUCACCCAGUGGUCUCCCUCCAAACUACUCCUCCAGAUGGACUCAUCCGCUACAGCGUACGGCUCAACGAUUUCCAAGAAGCUGGCAUGGCGUUACGAUGAAGAGAAGAUUGAAUUUGAGUGGAACACAGGCUCCAACGUGGACACCAAAAAAGCAGCUUCCAGCUUCCCCAUGGACCUCUCUGAUUUUUCUAAAAGCUUGCAUAUGUAUGCCAGCCGUCUCUUGAAUCACAGAGUUCCUCCAACAGACAUGACUUUCCAGGACAUGAGUUCUAAAUUAAUAGAUGCAACAAAUAUAUGGCUUCUGGAGGCAUCUAGGAAUCUUCCUUAUGGCCAGAAGCUACGAGAUCAUUUCAGUGGCCUACAAGAGUUGUACCUCCAGAAAAUGGAAUUGCUAGACUUCCACAUCCCAGAAAAGCUCUUCUUGAAAAGUGACGGUCGGAUCAGAUACACCUUGAACAAGCACAGUAUGAAAAUCGAGAUCCCUUUGCCUUUUGGUGGCAAAUCCUCCAAAGAUCUAAAGAUGUUCAAGACUGUUUGGACACCAGCCCUCAACUUCAAGUCUGUGGGAUUCUACCUGCCACCUCGAGAGUUCCAAGUCCCCACUUUUACCAUUCCCAGAUUGUACCCACUGCAGGUGCCUCUCUUGGGUGUUCUAGACCUCUCUGCAAAUAUCUACAGCAACUUGUACAACUGGUCCGCCUCCUAUACUGGCGGCAACACCAGCACAGACCACUUGAGCCUUCAGGCUCAGUAUCACAUGAAGGCUGAUUCCGUGGUCGACCUGCUCUCCUACAGUGUGCAAGGAUCUGGAAAAACAGCCUAUGACCACAGGAAUACUCUCACCUUAUCAGGUGAUGGGUCUCUACACCACAAAUUUCUGGAUUCAAAUGUCAAAUUCAGUCACGUGGAAAAAAAUGGAAAGAAUCCAGCCUCAAAAAGUUUGCUAACAUUCGAUGCCUCUAGUGCCUGGGGACCACAGAUAUCUGCUUCAGUCCAUUUGGACUCAAAAAAGAAACAGCAUUUGUAUGUCAAAGAAGUCAAGAUCAAUGGGCAUCUUGGAGCCUCUUCGUUCUACGCUAAAGGCGCAUAUGGCCUGUCUUAUCAGAGGGACCCCACCACUGGCCGGCUAAGUGGAGAAUCCAAUCUGAGGUUUAAUUCCUCCUACCUCCAGGGCACCAACCAGAUAACAGGAAGCUACGAAGAUGGAACCGUCUCCCUUACCUCCACGUCGGAUCUGCAAGGUGGCAUCAUGAAAAAUACCGCUUCCUUGAGAUACGAGAACUAUGAGCUGACCCUGAAAUCCGACACCAAUGGGAAGUAUGAGGACUUCGCCACUUCUAACAAGGUGGAUCUGACCUUCUCUAAGCAAAGUGCCCUGCUGCGUUCUGAGUAUCACGCUGACUACAAGUCACUGAGGUUCUUCACCCUGCUUUCUGGCUCACUAAACUCUCAUGGCCUUGAACUGAAUGCUGACAUCUUGAGCACGGACAAAAUCAAUAGUGGGGCUCACAAGGCAACACUGAGGAUUUCCCAAGAUGGAGUGUCUACCAGCGCAACGACCAACUUGAAGUAUAGUCCCCUGGUGCUGGAGAAUGAACUCAACGCAGCACUCAGCCUCUCUGGAGCGUCUAUGAAAUUGACAACAAACGGCCGCUUCAGGGAACACAAUGCGAAAUUCAGUUUAGAUGGAAAAGCUGCCCUCACAGAGGUAUCACUGGGAAGCGCUUAUCAGGCCAUGAUUCUGGGUGUCGACAGCAAAAACAUUUUCAACUUCAGAAUCAACCAGGAGGGGCUUAAGCUUUCAAAUGACAUGAUGGGCUCAUAUGCUGAAAUGAAACUUGACUACACAAACAACCUGAACAUUGCAGGGUUAUCACUCGACUUCUCUUCCAAACUUGACAACAUUUAUAGCUCUGACAAGUAUUAUAAGCAAAAUGUUAAUCUAAAGCUGCAGCCCUAUUCUCUGGUGACUACUUUAAACAGUGACCUGAAAUUCAGUGCUCUGGAUGUGACCAACACUGGCAAAUUACGGCUAGAGCCCCUGAAGCUGAAUGUGGGCGGGACCAUAAAAGGAACUUACCAAAAUAAUGAAAUAAAACACAUCUACACUAUUUCUUAUGCUGACUUAUCAGCAAGUUAUAAAGCAGACACUGUAGCUAAGGGGCAGGGAACAGAGUUUAGCCACCGGCUCAACACAAACAUCGCUGGGCUAGCUUCAGCCAUUGACAUCAGUACAAACUACAAUUCGGACUCACUGCACUUCAGCAAUGUUUUCCGCUCUGUGAUGGCCCCAUUCACAGUGACCGUCGACACACAUACAAAUGGCAACGGGAAACUGGUUCUCUGGGGACAACACACUGGGCAACUGUAUAGCAAACUUCUGUUGAAAGCAGAACCUCUGGCCUUUACUUUCUCUCAUGAUUACAGAGGCUCCACAAGUCACCGUCUCAUGUCCAACAGGAGCAUGAGUACUGCUCUUGAUCACAAAGUCAGUGCCCUGCUCACGCUGGCCGAGCAGACAGGCACCUGGAGGCUCAAGACACAGUUGAACCAAAAUGAAUACAGCCAGGAAUUGGAUGCUUACAACACUAAAGACAAAGUUGGUGUUGAGCUCAGUGGACAAGCCCUGGCUGACCUCACUAUGCUGGACAUCCCUAUCACGGUACCAUUUUUACUCAACAAGCCCAUCAAUGUAAUUGAUGCUUUAAAGAUGAGGGAUGCUGUUGACCAGCCCCAAAAAUUCACUAUUGUUGCUUCUGUGAAAUACGAUAAGAACCAAGAUGUGCACACCAUCAACCUCCCAUUCUUUAAAAUCCUGCCACAAUAUUUUGAGAAGACUCGGGGAGCAGUUAUAGUUACACUGGAAGCUAUACAGAGAGAACUGAAACGCAUCAAUAUUGAUCAACCCAUGACAAAAUACGUAGCAGUUCUGGGCAGACUUCCACAGCAACUUAAUGAUUAUCUGAAUGCAUUCAAUUGGGAGAGACAAGUUUUGAGUGCCAAGGAGAAACUAACUGCUUUCACAAAAAAUUACAGAAUUUCAGAAAAUGAUUUACAAAUGGCAUUAGACAGUGCCAAAAUCAAGCUUAAUGAGAAACUAUCUCAACUACAAACAUAUGUGAUACAAUUUGAUCAGUAUAUUAAAGAUAAUUAUGAUUUACAUGAUUUUAAGGCAGCUAUUGCUAAGAUUAUUGAUCAAAUCAUUGAAAAAUUGAAAAUUCUUGAUGAACAUUAUCAUAUCCGUGUAAAUUUAGUAAAGAAAAUCCAUGAUCUAUAUUUGUUUAUUGAAAAGAUUAAUUUUAACAAAAUUGGAACUAGUACUGCAUCUUGGGUUCAAAAUAUGGAUACUGAGUAUCAAAUCAGAAUCCAGAUACAAGAAAAAUUACAACGGUUCAAGACACAGAUUCAGAAUAUAGACAUCCAACACCUUGCUGAAAGGUUAAAACAACUGGUUGAAGCUAUUGAUGUCAGAGUGCUUUUAGAUCAGUUGAGAACAAUUCCAUUUCGAAGAAUAAAGGAGAUUAUUGAAUAUAUCAAAUACUGUGUUGUAAGUCUGUUUGAAGAUUUUGAAGUAACUGAGGAAAUCAAUGCUUUCAGAGGCAUUGUCCAUGAGUUAAUUAAGAUGCAUGAAAUAGACCAGCACAUCCAGAUUUUAAUGAAUAAAUCAGUGCAGCUGGUCCGCCAAUACAAGUUGCAGGAGACUGUUCAAAAGCUAAGCAGUGUCCUCCAACAAGUCAAGAUCGAAGAUCAUGUUGAGAAAUUGACUGGGUUUAUUGAUGCUGCUCUCAAACAGCUUGAAGCAUUAUCUUUUAAACAAUUUGUUGAAGAAGUAAACAAAUUCCUCGACAUGUUGGUAAAGACAUUAAGGUCAUUUGAUUACCACCAGUUUGUAGAUAAAACCAAUCAUCAAAUUUGUGAGGUGACUCAGAGAAUCAAUGGUGAAAUUCAGGCUCUGGAACUUCCACAGAAAGCUGAAGCACUGAAACUGUUUGCAGAGGACGUGAAGUCCGUGGUCUCAGCCUAUAUGGAAAACCUAGGUGCCACCAAAAUAACUGUAUUCUUUGAUUGGCUACAGGGGACUUUAAAUUCCACGUCUGUAGUUCACAUGAAAGCCAAAUUCCAAGAGAUCCUGGAAGACAUACGAGACCGAAUGUAUCAAAUGGAUUUGCAGCGGGAAGCUCAGCGAUACCUGUUCCUAGUUGGCCAGGUUUACAACACGCUGGUCACUUACAUUUCUGAUUGGUGGAGUCUUGCUGCUAAGAACCUGACUGACUUUGCAGAACAGUAUUCUAUCCAAGACUGGGCUGAAAACCUGAAAGCAUUGGUAGAACAAGGGUUCACUGUUCCCGAAAUCCAGACCACCUUCGGGACCAUACCUGCCUUUGAAGUCAGUCUCCAUGCCCUUCAGGAGGCUACAUACCAGACUCCUGACUUCACAGUCCCCCUGACAGAUCUGAAGAUUCCAUCGGUUCAGAUAAACUUCAAAAAGUUGAAAGAUAUAAAAAUCCCAUCCAGAUUUUCCACGCCAGAAUUUACUGUCCUCAAUACCUUCCACGUCCCUUCAUUUACAAUUGACUUGGUAGAAAUAAAAGCAAAGAUCAUCAGAACCAUUGACCAAAUGCUGAACAGUGAGCUGCAGUGGCCAGUCCCGGAAGUGUACCUGAGGGAUCUGAACGGGGUGGACACUAUUCUUGCUAGAAUCACUCUGCCAGACUUCCACUUACCAGAAAUCACAGUGCCAGAAUUCGUAAUUCCAAAUCUCAACCUUACAGAUUUCCAAGUUUCUGACCUUCGCAUACCAGAAUUCCAGCUUCCCCACAUCUCACACACUAUUGAAGUACCUACUUUUGGUAAGCUGUAUGGCCUUUUGAAAAUCCAGUCUCCCCUUUUCGUAUUAGAUGCAAAUGCUAACAUUCAGAAUGCAACUGCUUCAGCUAGUAAGGCAGAGAUUGAAGCUGCCUUCACUGCCGAAGGAAAAUCCAAAUUAGAAGUUCUCAAUUUUGAUUUCCAAGCAAAUGCACAACUGUCAGACCCUACAACUAAGCCACUGGUUCUGAAGGAGACUGUGAGGUUCUCCAGCAAGUACCUGAAAACGGAGCACGAGAGUGAAGUGCUAUUUUCUGGGAAGGUUAUUGAGGGAAAAUCAAACACAGUGGCAGGUUUACACACAGAAAAAAAUACACUGGAGCUUAGUAAUGGUGUGCUCGUCAAGAUAACUGAUCAGCUUACCCUGGACAGCGACACAAAGUACUUCCACAAAUUGAACAUCCCCAAACUGGACUUCUCCAGUCAGGCUGACCUGCGCAAUGAAAUCAAGACUCUGUUGGAAGCUAGACACAUAGCAUGGACUUCUUCUGGAACAGGAUCCUGGAAAUUGGCACGCCACAAGUUCUCAGACGAGGGAACACAUGAAGCACAAAUUCGCUUUACUGUGGAGGGACCCAUCACUUCCUUUGGGUUGUCUAAUAAGAUAUAUAGCAAAUACCUAAGAGUAAACCAAAGUAUGGUUUAUGAAUCUGGCUUCCUCAACUUUUCUAAAUUUGAAGUCCAGUCACAAGCCGAAUGCCAGUAUGUGGGCCGAAGUGUUCUCACUGCCAAAGGCAUGGUCCUGCUUGGAGAAGGGAAGGCAGAGAUAACUGGCAACCAUGAUGCUCAUUUAAAUGGAAAAGUUAUUGGAACUUUGAAAAAUUCACUUUUCUUUUCAUCCCAGCCAUAUGAAAUUACUGCAUCCACAAACAAUGAAGGAAAUUUGAGAGUUAGUUUUCCAUUAAAACUAACGGGCAAGAUAGACUUCCUGAACAACUAUGCACUGUUUCUGAGUCCUGGUGCCCAGCAAGCAAGUUGGCAAGCAAGUGCCAGGUUCAACCACUAUAAGUACAAUCAAAAUUUCUCUGCUGUAAACAAUGAGAAAAUCACGGAGGCCUACGUAGGAAUAAAUGGAGAAGCCAACCUGGAUUUCUUAAACAUUCCUUUAACAAUCCCUGAAGUGACUCUACCUUACAUAAGGCUCACAACUCCCCAGGUGAAGGAUAUCUCCUUAUGGGAAAAGACGGGCUUGAAAGGAUUCUUGAAAACAACAAAGCAGUCCUUUGAUCUAAGUGUGAAGGCUCAGUAUAAGAAAAACAAAGACAUGCAUUCCAUCUCAGUUCCUUUGGAUGCAUUUUAUGCGCUUAUCAAUCAUAACAUCCAUUCCUUCAACAGGCAUUUUGAGAAAGUCAGAAACAAGGCCUUAUAUUUUUUUAACAAAUCCUAUAAUGAAGCAAAAACUACAUUUGAUAAGUACAAGGUUGAAAAAUCCCUCAACGAGCAGCCCAAGACCUUUCAAAUUCCUGGAUAUACUAUUCCAGUUAUCAACAUCGAAGUGUCUCCGUUCACCAUGGAGAUGCUGCCGUACAGCUAUGUGAUCCCAAAGGAGAUUAGCACUCCCAGCAUCACCAUUCCAGGCUCUGGCAUCUAUGUGCCCUCAUACACAUUAGUCCUGCCUUUCCUAGAGCUGCCAGCCCUUCAUGUCCCCAGGAAUCUUCUUGAGUUUUCUCUUCCAGAGCUCAAGGGACUGAGUACCCCAAACAAAAUUUUAAUUCCAGCCAUGGGCAAUAUUACCUAUGACUUUUCCUUUAAAUCAAGUGUCAUCACACUGAAUACCAAUGUUGGACUUUAUAACCAAUCAGAUAUUGUUGCUCAUUUUCUUACUUCCUCUUCUUCUGUCAUCAAUGCCCUGCAGUACAAAUUAGAGGGCACCUCAAGUGUGACAAGGAAAAGAGGGUUGAAGUUAGCCACAGCUUUGUCUCUGAGUAAUAACAGAUUCGUGGCAGGCAGUCAUGACAGUACCAUUAGCUUCACCAAGAAAAACGUGGAUGCAUCAGUGACAACUACUGCAAGAGUCCACAUUCCAAUUCUGAGAAUGAAUUUCAAGCAAGAGCUUAAUGGAAAUACCAAAUCAAAACCUACUGUCUCUUCAUCCAUUGAAUUAAAGUAUAAUUUCAAUUCCCCCAAACUGUACUCUACUGCUAUGGGGGCAGUUGACCAUAAGCUCAGCUUAGAAAGCCUCACCUCUUACUUUUCUAUUGAGUCAUCUACCAAAGGAGAUGUCAAGGGUUCUGUCCUUUCACGGGAAUAUUCAGGGAUUAUUGCCAGUGAGGCCAGCACUUAUUUGAAUUCUAAAGGUACUCGAUCUUCUGUGAAGCUGCAAGGAGCUUCCAAAGUUGAUGGUAUCUGGAGCAUUGAAGUAAAAGAAAGUUAUGCUGGAGAAGCCACUUUUCAACGCAUAUAUGCCAUCUGGGAACACAAUAUGAAAAACCACUUACAGCUAAAGGACCUCAUUUUAACAUCCGGAGAGCAAACAAGCAAAGCCACCCUGGAGCUCUCCCUGUGGAAAAUAGAAGCCCUUGUUCAGGUCCAUGCACGUCAGCCCAAUUCCCUCCUUGAUGUCAAUUACCUUGGCCAGGAAGUGUCCCUGCAUGCCAACACUGAGAACCAGAAAAUCAGCUGGAAAAGUCAGGUCCAGGUUCAUUCUGGGUCUCUCCAGAACAAUGUACAGCUUUCCAAUGACAAAGAAGAGGCACUCCUUGACAUCACAGGCUCCUUGGAAGGAUACCUGUGGUUCCUCAAAGAUGUUAUCCUGCCAGUUUAUGACAAGAGCUUAUGGGACCUCCUAAAGCUGGAUGUAACCACUAGCAUUUAUAGGAAACAGUACCUCCAAGCUUCAGUUGCCCUUGUGUACACCAAAAACCCCAAUGGCUAUUCUUUUGCUAUCCCUAUGCAAGAACUGGAUGAUAAAUUCAUUAUUCCUGGGCUGAAACUGGAUAAUCUACAUUCUGUUCUUGUCACACCUGCAUUCCACAUCCCCUUUACAGAUCUUCAGGUUCCAUCCUACACACUUGACUUUGGUGAAAUAAAAAUCUACAAGAAGCUAAGUACACCACCAUUUGCCCUCAACAUCCCAGCACUACUCAAAGUGAAAUUCCCCGAAGUUGAUGUUGGGAUAACACAAUAUUCUGAACCAGAAGCCUCCUCAGUUCCCUUUUUUGAGAUAACUGUGCCUGCAACUCAGUUAACUGUGUCCCACGUCACCCUUCCAAAAAGUAUUUCUGUUGGCAGUGCUAUUUUACACCUAAAUGAGGUGACCAGCAACACUGCAGGCUUCAAGCAGCUGACUGUCAGCAUGCCUGAGCAGACUAUUGAAGUUCCUUCCAUUAAGUUCUCUGUACCUGCUGGAAUUUCCAUCCCUUCCUUUGGAACACUGACUGCACGCUUCAGGGUGGCCUCUCCCUUGUACAAUGCCAGUUGGAGUGCUGGUUUGAAAAACAAAGAAGAUCAUGUUGAAACAUUCCUGGAUUCCACAUGCAGCUCAACCAUUCAGUUCCUGGAAUAUGACCUCAAUGUUGUGGGAACACACAAAAUCGAAGAUGGCAUGUUAGUCUCUAAUACUACAGGAACAUUUGCACACCGUGACAUCAGUGCAGAAUAUCAGGAAGAUGGCCAAUAUCAAGAACUCGGGUACUGGGAUGCAAAGGUUCUUCUUAACAUCUCUAGCCCAACACUGACUGAUGUCCAUCUGCGCUACGAAGACGGUGAGAACCACCUCUCCUCCUCGGUAGCCUCCCCAGCCAUAGGCACCGUGGGCAUCGACUUGGAAGAUAACGAUACCUUGUGGAAACUGAACCUCUACUACCAACCUCAGUCCUCUCCAGAUAAAAGAUUCAACAUAUUCAAAAUUGAGAUGAGGGAUGAGGAAUCAGAUGAGGAAUUUCAGAUCAAAGUUAACUGGGAAGAAGCAGCAGUGUCCGAAUUGCUAAGCUCUCUCAAGGACAGUGUGCCCAAGGCCACAGGGGCCUUUUAUGACUAUGUCAACAAGUACCACCGGGAGUACACAGGACUUGAUCUGAAAGAUGCUUCUUUAAAACUGAGAAGAAGUUUGCAGAGCAGCGCUGAUCAGGCCUAUCAAGAGGCUGUGAGGCAGACAGAUGAGGUGGACAUGAGGCUCCAAAGGCUAGCCAGAGGCACCACUAAAACCUACCAGCAGUGGAAGGACAAGGCCCAGAGUCUGUACCAGGAACUGUUGGCUCAGGAGGACCAAGGUGACUUCCAGAGACUCCAGAAUAGGGUGUUUGACAGCUUAAUAGGAGUUGCUCAGGAAUCUAAUGUGACAGUCAAGCGUGUGACUGACUCAUUCAUUGAUUUCCUGAAGUUCAUCAGAUUCCAGCUCCCAGGAAGAGCUGAGGACUACACUGGAGAUGAACUGUGCAGUAUGGUCAUCAUGGAAGUAGGAAAGGUACUGUCCCAGGUACAUUCAAAAAUCCAGAGUGGGUUAGAAAUACUGUUUUCCUAUUUCCAAGACCUGAUGCAGAAAUCUGAAUUAAUCAAGGACCAAAAGAUUACAUUUCCUUUUGGUUCAAUGAUUUAUCAACUGAUAGAUUUAAUCUCGGAGUAUGGGAAGCUGCUGAAACUUUUAUCAGAAGAGGUCCAAAAGGCAUUUAGUGACCUCCAGUCUGUCAAGAUUACAGAGCUGCUAAGUGAUCUUCAGAGAUUUUUACAAAGCAUUUUCCAAGAGAUAGAAGAAGAACUUCAACACUUAAAGGAGAAAUUUCCUUAUCUCAUUAAUGAUACCCAAGACAAGACCAACACAACCUUCAACAUACAUAUUCCAUUUGCUUUUAGACUCCUGAAAGAAUACCCAGACCUUAACUUUGGUGAUUUUAAUGAACUUGUUCAAAACACACUUCAGGAAGCUUUUCAAGAGUUACAGCAGCUUCAUCAGUACAUAAAGGAUCUUCGCAAAGAAUAUUUUGAUCCAAGUAUGGUUGGCUGGACAGUGAAAUAUUAUGAACUUGAAGAAAAGAUUAUCAGCCUGAUCAAGUACCUAGUAGGUGUCCUUAAGGAUUUGCAUUCCAUAUGCACUGUCGGUGCUGCUCAGCUCUCACGUCAAGUUGAGCGAUUUGUGCAGGAAGAUAUCCAGGAACAUCUUAGCAUCCUUGCCGAUGCAGAUGGAAAAGGGAAAGAGAAGAUUGCAGAGCUUUCUACUAGUGCUCAGGAAAUAAUUAAAAGCUGGGCUGUUGCAAUGAAGGAAAUCAUUUCUGAUUACCACCAGCAGUUCACAUAUAAACUACAGAAUUUUUCAGACUACCUCUCUGAUUACUAUGAAAAAUUCAUUGCUGAGUCUAAAAGAUUGAUUGACCUGUCCAUUCAAAAAUACCACGUGUUUCUGAGAUGUAUCAUGGAUUUACUAAAAAAGCUACAAUCGGCCACAGAAGAUAACAUAAGCCCCUACAUAAAGGUUGCUCCAGGAGGAUUUACUAUCACCUUCUAAUUUUUUAUAGCAAUUCUCAUUUAUUCUUCUGCUCCUAUUAAGUUUUCACACGGUAGGGGAAAAAUUCAAACUGUAUGUAUUAAUAUAACCAUACAGCAAGCCAGCCCUGUAUCAGAAGCACAUAUGAACUGAACCUGCUGGCAUCAGAGCUCUGGAGGGCUCUGGACUCUGGGAAAUGACAUUUUUUUGCAAGUUAAAGAAAAACCAACGUCUGAGUUAUUUUGCUAAACUUCGGGAGAGUGAGAACAAAUAAAUAAAUUCUUUAUGGUG